AUGGGACAAACCGAAAACCCUGGAACUAGCGAUAUUCACGAGAAACUGAAGGGAGAGUUCCAACGGUUUUACAGUUUGAGAAGAAUAGCUAUUGCACGAAAAAUCUCGUGGCGCAAACAACAUGCAAAUGAGAGCUGCGACCUCUGCAGCAAACGUAGAAUUGAAUGUAAUGUCUCACUGUCAGCUGACACCGCCUCCCUCGCGAUCGGCUGCAAACAAUGCCUCAGAAUGCACAGAGUAUGCUCGAAACCGGCACAAGCACGCAAAGAGCUGCUUAUGGAGAAACUAAAAAUCACUGCCGAGCAGUUUGAUGCUUUGAGCGAGUGGUGGAAUAGAAGUAGGAGUUCUAAGAAAAACUCGAAGGCGUUUGCUGGUAGAGAGGCACUGAUAAAAACGAAUACAAAGGACGAGCGUUUUGACGAUACCUCGAUGGAAACAAAAAACGAGCGCUUUGACGAUACCUCGAUGGAAACAAAAAAUGAGCGCUUUGACGAUACCUCGAUGGAAACAAAAAAUGAGCGCUUUGACGAUACUGAGAUGGAAACAAAAAACGAGCACUCCAAUGAUCGUAGUGAGAUGUCAGAUUUAGAAGUAGAAGUUCAAGUUGCCUCUGGCCAGAACUUUGUGACCGCUAAAAGGAAAUUGAAUGUUGAACCAGAGACUAGAGCAAAGAGGACGAAAACCGGCACGCCCAAUGAUGACGAGGAAAACAGCGUACUUGAAGUACUUGGCCCAGAGACAGGAGCAAAGGGGACGGGACAGGCUAGCAACGCAGCAGCCUCACUCGAGGAAAUCAGAGCACCGCCAACCGAGAUAACAAGGCCUCUUGGCGACGGCGCGCCUACGAACCAAGAAACAGAUGCUGCGCUAGCGCAGUUCCCUGCACAUGUGGUGCUUCGACAGCUGAAACGCGAGUUGGAGGACGUCACGACAGAUAUUCGGUUCAGAAGAGUGAUGCCGGCGGAAGGGGCGGAUAUGUACGAUCGGAUUGCAUGGAAACUUGGGUCAUUCAUGGAGAGGUUUGGUGUAUCUAAUUGA